AUGUUAGCUCAUUAUCGUACAACUAAAUUAAAACAACAAUCAGAUCAUGAUCUUACGGAAUUAUCAUGGUUAACACAAUCAGAUAUAUUUGAUCGUCCACCAUCAUCACGUUUAACAAAUCCUGUACCUAUAUUAAGUAAGAGUUUACCAUGUUAUAUUACAGAUAAACAUCGUCAUCGUUCAUCUCCUCCACCAAGUCUUAUUGAUUCAUCUGAUAGUGAACAUGAUAAUGAUUCAUCAUCAUUAAAUUCUUCAAGUGAACGUGUAACAACAACAACAACAGCAGCCGAUAAUGUUUCACCACCACAUUCAGCAUUAUGUUUUUGGAUAUUAUUUGCUAUUGAAGAUUCUAAAUCUCGUACAUUAACUUUAAAUGAAAUAUGUGAUUGGAUUGAACAUCAUAUUGAACAAUCAUUAACAAAUAAUAAUACAAAUACUUUAGUAUCUUCAACAGAUGAACAUUUACUUCAUAGUGCUCGUUUAAAAAGUAAAAUUCGUUAUCAUAUGACAAAACAAAUCUCAUUUUUUGUAAAAAUUAUUAAAAAUCCAAUAAAUGGAACAAAACUACGUUAUCCACUAUGGACAACUGAUCGUUCAAAACGUUUACUGUUACUUGAUACAUUAUUAACAAUGAAUACAAGACAAUUAUCAUUAACAACACAAUAUACAAUAAAUAUAUUUGAACGUUUAUGUUCGGAAAGACAACGUGAUUUAAUUCGUCAUACAAAUGAUGAAAAUAGUUGUCCAUUAAAUAAUCGUAAACGAGAUAAAACUAUCAAUUAUCUUGGUUCAUCAGAAGAAACAACAAAUAAUAAUAAAAGAAAAAAACAACGUUCAAAAAAUGAUUUAUCAGCAAGACCUAGUGUUGAAGUUGUUGAUGCAGCUAUGACAUUACUUCUUUUACGACAACCAAAAUGA